GAUAACAAUUAGCGGCAAUAUGUGUUUGUUGGAAAGAAAAAAGUGAAUUGACUAAUUGUGUGGAGAUUUGAUAGGAGAAUAAACUGGGGAAUGGACACUGAAAGGGCUAAAGCUCCAUCCCACUGGAGACGAUGUUAACAGCUGCAGGAAAAAAGAAGAAGAAGAAGAACACAGACUAGCUAGGAAGCUUGAUGACGACAUCACCAUUGGCAGUUCUGAAGAUUUGACUUCGGUGAAAUGCGAGCUACUCUGCGCUGGGUGAUCUGGGAUGUGAAAGACACCCUGCUGAAGGUGCGUUCAUCUGUGGGUGUGCAGUAUUGCAAGGAGGCUGAACGAGUGGGCUUGAACCUCAGUCCUGUUGAGGUUGAAGCUGCUUUCCUCCAGGCGUAUCGAGAUAAUUCCAGCAGAUACCCAAACUAUGGCAUCACUCAGGGCCUGGAUGGACGCUCUUGGUGGAUGAAGGUGGUGCGCGACACUUUCUGCCAGUGCAGGGUAAAGGACCCCGCCCUGCUAAACACUCUGGCUCACAACCUUUAUCAGAACUUCAGCAAUGCAGAGAACUGGGAGGUGUUUCCAGACUCAAAGAAGACCCUGGAGAGAUGUUCUCUUCUAGGACUGAAGCUGGGUGUGGUAUCAAACUUUGACAGCCGCCUAGAAGAGAUUUUACGCGUUUGUGGCCUGCUGUCUCACUUCAGGUUUCUGAUUACAUCAGAGGAGGCAGGUAUAGCAAAGCCGAGUCCAGCCAUCUUUGAUCAGGCACUGCAGAAAUGUGGAGUAGCAGCCGCUAAUGUAGCUCAUAUCGGGGACCACUAUGUGAACGAUUACCUCGCCUCUAGAUCCGUGGGCAUACACGGAUUCCUUUUAGACAGACACAACAAGCACAAACAACCUGACGUUCCUCAAGAGCAUCGGCUCAGCUCCCUGGAGGAGCUGCCGUCACUGCUGCAGCAGCACAUGCACUAAUGCCAAACUGUCAUUGGCCCAAUCCCAAUCUCCACCCUCACAGACUUUGAGGCACGCCCAAAGCCCGUGAGGGUUCUGGGUGACAUUUUUAGCCCUUUAUGAACCCUUUCCUUAUGUCGGCAUUAGAUGCAGAUGAGGGAAUUGCCCACAAUUCAUAGACGUUAAACACGCAGUUACCAGUGGAAGCAUGUAGAUGUAAAAAAAAAAAAAGGUAAACAAGGAGAACGGUUCAGCCUUAACAACAUUAAUGAUUUAAGAUGGAACAUACAAACUCAUGAAGAUGAUGAGAUGAUAUCGCACAGAUGUAUUCAUCAAACAUUUAAUUUUGUUAUUGAAGCUGUGUUGACAAAAACAUGUCAGUAGAUUCUUUGAAAUGACCUCAUCUCGUGGCCUCAAAUCAGGGAGUUAAAAAGUACAAGAUAAAUACUCUCAAUUGGACACUAUUUUUUUAACUUGGAAUAUGAAUGGGAUAACGCGAUAUGUUAUCCCAUUCAUAUUUACACCAUUUCAAGCCCUUACAGCCUGUUGCACUUAACAGGUGAUGUCAUUAAGUCCCUGAGGGUUCAGGGUUUGAGGCCUGAGGGGGGACAUUGGGAUUGGGGGGCUAUGGACUCAAAAUCUACUCAGUCUGACUGAAUUAAUUUCUGAGAUGUGGUCGUGUUGACCUGAGUGGGCUGUCAACCACUUUAGAUUUCUAAUUAAAUACUCCUGGCUACUAUUGUCAAUAAUAAAGAUUUGUUUUGAUCCAUAUUGAUUUAAUAUGAAUAUUUAAAACAAUCCAAUAUUUAUUUUCGAUACACUGGUACCUGUUAGCUUUCUCACUCUCUAUUCUCUCCAACAGUGAGUACACGCACACACACCGCAGUGCUGCUCGUCAAGAAAAGAAAAGUCGUCAUUGUCACAUGAUGGCCGCGGUAUAUUUAUCUAAAACUCCUUGCUUGUCAAUAUUGACAGUAAAAUGCUAUUAUAUUUGGAUAUUUUAUCAGUUAGAAAUUAUAGUACUUUGACAUUAUAGAAAAGAAAAUCAUUGGUUGUUAUAUACAAACUGUAAUUAUAAUGUUCUUUUACUGUAAAUACAUUUGUUUGUCUUAGAGCUGACCCUUUGCAAGGUUUCAUUUGAUGACAACAUUAAAAGCUUUUGAGACAAAGUGGGUCUUUGAAAACACAAGAA